UGAGUCUAUCAUUGUAAGGUCUACCCUUUUCAUUAGAACUGCUCAAUGUCCGACCUUAGCCAGGUUAUACAAGGUGUGUUCGUCACGUGUUCCCCUGGGUGAACAGUCCUUUACCCGUCAGGUGUAUAGACCAGAACCUCGAGCUUGGAGUACAAACCCAAGGCAGCUUACAUAUCUGGAUCUGUGUUAAACAUGCUUUCGCAGGGAGUGUUUAUCGUUUGUACCCUUUAUGCGGUAUAUGCCCAUAGCAUUGGUGGAAACUCCUUACCUCAUCAUGUGGUGUUGGAUCCAGGAAAUAAAUUCCACUUAUUCUGGGACUUUGACGACAAUGAAAUCACCUUUGAAGUCCAGGUUAUGACCCUGGGGUAUGUAGGUUUGGGGUUCUCUCCCAACGGGGAUAUGACCGGCUCGGAUAUGGCGACUGGCUGGGUAGAGGACGCCACAGGAAAAGCCAAUUUACAGGACCGCUUUGCCCCCGGGAAGUUUGAGCCUGUCGUUGACAUGAUGUCUGACUACAACCUAUUGAGCGGCUCCCAGAACGGUACACACACCACACUCAGGUUCAGUCGGCGGCUCAUCCUAUGCUCAAACAAUGACUUCAGCAUCAACAAUGACACGGCCCGUGUUAUCUGGGCUUAUAGCGACUCUGAGCCGGGUCCGGAUGGACAUUUAAUGUACCAUUUCCAGAACAGAGGGGUGAGGAGUAUGUACCUACUGACCUACACCCAGGAUCUGCCCCCAUUACCCGCUGAUACCGUCACUCUGGAUCUGCUCAGCCCAAAUGUUCUUAUACCAGCAACGGAUACCACUUACUUAUGUUCGUCCUUUAAAUUUCCCGACCUAACCAGAAAGCACCACGUCAUACAGGUGGAGCCCGUUAUUCAGCCCGGCCGUGAAUCGGAAGUACAUCACAUAAUUCUGCAUGCAUGUCCUUACUACUCUAACGAAAGUUUGGAGGUCAGCCACCAGUGUCGCCAUCGUAACAUGCCCCCAGAGUGGUGGCGUUGUGAGGCGAACUAUUUUGCCUGGGCCAUUGGCGGAGGGGUGUUUUCCUUCCCUGUCCAUGUUGGUAUGCCAAUUGGAGACAGCGAGAAACCUAUGAUGUUUCUAAUGGAGGUGCACUAUGAUAAUCCUCGCUUACUGUCAGGAAUGCGGGAUUCCUCAGGCCUCCGACUGAUCAUGACGUCACAACUACGCCAGUAUGACGCUGGUAUUCUCUACAUGGGUAUGAACGUCUGGGACUCCCACGUCAUCCCGCCGUACUAUAAAGAGUUUCUUAGCGAGGGUGCUUGCUCCAGCGAUUGUCUGAGUCAGGGAAUGGGAAAUCAGACUGACAAACUCAACGUCUUUGCUGCCAUACUUCACUCACAUCUGGCCGGCCAUAAAAUUCGGUUACGUCACAUCCGGGAUGGUAAGGAGCUGGAUGUACUUGCCCAGGACAACAAUUAUGACUUCAAUUUUCAAGAAACACGGCUUUUGCCAGAGGAAAGGGUUAUCCAAAAGGGAGACAGAACGCUUAUACAAUGUGUCUACAACACGGAAGACAGAACUGAUAUGACAUAUUCCGGAUUAAGCACAAGAGAGGAGAUGUGCAUCGCCUUUGUGAUGUAUUAUCCCAAAAUACCGCUGAUCCAGUGUGCAAGUCACCCUUCCGUACAUUUCAACCUUGCCUUCAGAAACGCUACAGCUGACCGUCAGUGGAGCCCUAAUAUCCUGACCCCACUCGAGUACCAAGGGAGGAGCUGGAAGGAUUUCUUCGAGAACGCCAUUGACUGGUCAGACCGUAAGGUUAGAGAGGACUUCCAGAAGUAUUCACUCCUUAAGAAUUACCCUGUUCACAUCGCAGGCUGCAUUGAUGAGUAUAGACCAUCUUCGGAAAGUUUCAGCAUGGAAGCUAUACCGAGCAUCCAGGAACCUCUCCCAGAGAACUCCGAGUGUCGUGUGGUAUCGGCGACUGGGGGGCAUGCGACAUUCAGCUACAAACUUAUAUUCCUUAUAGCUACACUGGUUAUACUCAUGUUGAAACCAAAUGGUAUAUAAAUUAUACGAAAGAGCUACUUGUCACACCCAUGGGUAUGAAAAUUCUAUAUUGAGCCCGUGAUUAAUCGAAAUAUAUAUCAUGUAUACAAUGAGAAACGCCGUUUCUCAGCUUGAAUGGCCUUCAGAAUAUAGGACAUCGUGAACACCUGUCUAUCUGAUAGCAUGAAAAUUUUGCACGGAAGCUUGAAUUCACUUUACAUAAAUUCAUACAGAGAAGCGGGAUAUAGUAAGCCACCUGUCACACAGAGGGUGAGGAAAGUAAGGAUAGUAGGCUAUAGAUUACAUUCUCACUUCACGCCAAACGGUGUAAUACUUCCGCUGAUCAAAAUGCAAGUGAUCUAAGUAGUGCAUGUUAACUUACGUUUUUAAAACUCCUGUUAUUUUACUUAACCUUUGUAACGAUUAAAUUACUUUUUUGAUGAGAACACGUGCGGCUUUAAGACGUAGACUUUUUGGGAAUAGAUGAGUUACCUUUCAGUCAUAUGCUUGUAACAGUUGAUGCAAAAUGUUACCAUCGUUAACUGCUGUCAUUAGAAACAUACUAUGCUAAUGUAAUAAAUCUGCUGAGAAUGUAACAAAUCUGCUGAUUACGAAAGGAAUUUGCUGAUAAUGUAGUAAAUUUGCUGAUAAUGUAAUAAAUCUGCUGAUUAUGUGAUAUAUCCCGAAAAUGAGUUUUCAGGUAUAGAGAUGAGCGUUUUGUUGUUUUACAAUGCAUUUGUACAUAAAACCUUCCACUUUACCACGCACAGCUUUGUUGCCUCCAGUUUCUUUUCAUAACUGCAGAAAAUUUUGAAACCGGUGAAGGCGAGAAAUCAUCUCCUAAUAAUAACGGUUUCCACGUUGUCCUCUAUCGGUUAAUUGUCUCAUUGUAAUAUGUAAUGGUUCAUUAUCCAGUCUGAGUGAAAUAAUGUUCCAUUAUUCUGACUGAUUUAUAUAAUAUUUCAUGAUUCUGUCUGAUUUAUAUAAUGCUUCUUUAUUCUGUCUGAUUUACACAAUGUUUUACUAUUUUGUCUGAUUUAUAUAAUGCUUCAUUGUUCUGUCUGAUUUACACAAUGUUUCACUUUUCUGUCUGAUUUAUAUACUGCUUCAUUGUUCUGUCUGAUUUACACAAUGUUUCACUAUUCUGUCUGAUUUAUAUACUCCUUCAUUGUUCUGUCUGAUUUACACAAUGUUUCACUAUUCUGUCCGAUUCAUAUAAUGUUUCAUAAUUCAUUCUCAGCGCUUGUAUCUUACAUAUAGUGCAUGCGUCCUUACUCUCAAAAAAUUUGUAUGACCGAAUUUUGCAAUCCUUCAGAACGAUUCACCUUCUACAUGACUACACUGUACAAUAACAUGGGAUAAAUAUGUACGCCUUGCAACUUGUGGCUGUUGAACCGUGAACACGUGUAUAGAUAAGGCGAGCUGUUUAGGACGAUCGAAUUUCGCAAGUCAUGGUGUGGGAACCACUCCUGUAGAUGUACAGAUGUAUCCUGUAUGUAGUAUUGGGGCUUUACAUCGUGUUCAGUAAACAAUAUAAGCAUAAGAAAU